AUGGCCCGAUCCAACUCAUCAGUACACAGCCCCCAAAAGACCAAGCAGAAAUUGACUGAGGAAGAGCUGCUGGUCUUACAAUCUCACCUAGAAGAAUGGAAAGAAGCAACCAGUAAGGAUAGAAAAACAAUUCUGAGGGUGGUCAUAAAAGAGGCCAAGAUGCAAGCCCCUAAGAUGGAUGCCCGGCUUUUGAAGAAAAGGAAAUCUAUGUACCGGGACUGGUUAUAUAACCGGAGAGCUGAAAAGACUCUCAAAAAACAAAGCAAGUUCGGUAAGAAAUGGACUGCCCAGUUGGUGAUAGAACACCAGUGCAAGAAGGAGAUCCUUGAAAAGACCGGAGCAAGGCCAGGAGGGAAGGAAAUGAUUAAAAACUACCAGGGUGCGGUCAAUGCAAUUAUGGGCGGUUUAUCUGAAGAGCAGCUGGAGGAAGCAAAUAAGACGGCGAUAGAAUGGUCUAGCAAGGCUCCUCCUACAGAUGUCCAGGCUGAGUUCGCUCAGAGGAAAGCUCCUGGUAUGAUGAAGGAUCUUGCGACUCAGUUAUGGAGGCAGGCUGGUAUGAGGAUAUUCAUAUUGUCGGCAUGGAAAACUGAGGAAGGCAAAGUGAGGAUCAAUGGAAUUGACUUCAAUGAAAAGCUGGAGGGCAAUAUUUUCACAGAUACAAAGGACUGGAAGCCCAUGUUACCGGAGUGGAAUGCCUAUGUUAGAGAAGAGUUCGUUGGCCGGAAUGAUGAUGACGAUGGCAAUGAGGAUGCGGAGGGAAAGGAGAGCAGAAAGCAAAGGAGAAAGAAGAAGGAGUUCAUUUUAGAGGUUGAUGCCUAUGGGCUUCCAGUCAUACCGGAUAUUGAGCCCCUCAACUUAGAAAACAAAAAGUCUCUUAUCCGGACAUUCCUCACAAAACACUACAGGUUUUGCAGUCAAAAGCCAAAGGCGUCUGUUCCUUGGUCUGCAGUGAGGGAGGCUCAAGACAAUUUUAUUGAGCCCAAGUUUUUACCUACCGGUGGGAAGAUCAAGGACCUGUCCAAGCUUCAGUUGCAUGAAGCUGACCAGCUCUUGCAGUUCUGGCAUCAGAGACAAAAGGACAAGGUUCAGCCAACAUUUGAAUUCAAGGGCUGGCAAGACCAUGACAAGGAGAUGAGAGAACUGGUGGAGAAGAUCUCAGAGUGUGACUCUAGCACAACAUGCAGUCCAGUAACAGCAAAGACCAGAGUUCCGGUUCAAAAACCAACUGGCAGGUCAACCGGAAAGUCAUCCGGCAAGUCAACCAGAAGGGUGGAACCAGAGCCAAGCAGUGAGGGCGAGGAUGGUGAUGAAGGAAAGCCAGGCAAGGCUGUCCAAUCUAUUCCAGUUAAAAAACCACCUGCCAAGUCAACCAGAAAGUCAUCUCGGAAGCUGACUGGAAGGGUGGAACCGGACUCAAGUAGUGAGGACGAGGAUGGGGAUGAAGAAGGCAAUGCUGAAGUCCAAUCACCGCCUCUGGAGCUCAAAUCUAUCGGAAAGCGAAGCAGAGCAGUCCGAUCUUCGGAGGAAGAUUCCGGCCUAUUGGUCAAGAAAUCUAAAUCAAAUGUCAUUGGGCGCAACAGACCACUGGAGGACAGUGCUGGAACUCCUUCAGCAGGAUCAUCCAGCAACCAUUCUGCAGCCCCACUGCCUCCCAAAACUGCCUUGAGAAGUAGCUUUGUUGGUCCUGCAUCAGCCGGUCGGAUGAAGAAGUCUGGUCAGAAGAUACCUGCACCUAAACCAACAGCUCCUGCCACAACACAGGGCACUGGUAAGAAAACUAAAACACAUGGAGCUCACAUUGAUAAGCCCGAGCCAAAGUGCUCCACUAGAGCUGCAAAGGUGUCUUAUAAAGUGAAUUACAUGCAAAGAGCGUAA